AUGAAAGAGAAGAUAAGUGGGAGAGAUGCAGCCAAGGGAGUCACCAGGGUCUCCAAGCAACGGCCACCUGUUCUGGAGGAGGUUGAGAAGUUGCUCCUGCUCUGGAUUGAACAGAAGCAGCGUGCAGGGGACUCAGUGACCAAGGCGAUCAUCUGCGAAAAAGCCAAGGCCUUGCACGUUGACCUCCUCAAACAACAGCCAGGAACGUCAGCAGAUGCAGAAGGCUUCAAGGCCAGCAGGGAGUGGUUCAAAAGGUUCAAGACCAGAUCUGGCAUCCACAGUGUGGUCAGGCAUGGAGAGGCUGCAAGUUCCGAUGCUGCUGCAGCUGAGGAAUUUGCUACGGAGUUCCUGGAGGUCAUAGUUUCAGAGGGCUACUUUCCUCAGCAGGUCUUCAACUGCAACGAGACUGGACUCUUCUGGAAGAGGAUGCCAAAGCGUACCUGUUAAGACACCCCUGGCACAGAGGAGUGAAACCGCUGUUUAGUUAAGCUUCCCCUUCCUUAGUAAUGCAGGCUCAAUUCGUGUAUACCUCAACCGCACGAACUGAAGCCAGGGGAAUGCGCCAAUCUCCCGAACGGUAUCCGUACGGGUUCUCCAAACUCCCGAACAAUAAACGGACCGGUGUUCGCAUGCCUAGACGAAUGAGAAGGGCAGUCGGUAGAUUCAAUGGUGUUCGGUAGAAAAAGUGUCAGUUUUUAGUUCCAUAGAAUCUGCGCCGAACACCGCUGGUCUUUCGCGUGUUCCAAAAUGGCCGCCGCCUCAUGAUCGGCAUACGAACGACGACCUACCGGCAUUCGGUUGUAAUUAAGAGGUGUCUGCAGUUAACCACAACAUUCUAAUUGGGGCCGAGAGGUUAACCAGCAGCACACUUCUCUUCUGGGUGGCCGUCCGUUUGGUAGUUUCAUUCGGUAUGAGUUCAAAAAGACGAAUAGGGGCAUACGGACAGGCAAUUCCGUGAAGGGAGGCAAACUAGAUGAACCAGCAAUACUAGUCCUACAGAUGAAUCUGUCACAGUACCUUCAUCACAGAAGAGGAGACCUCGUUGCCUGGCCACAAGCCGAUGAAGGACCGUCUCACCCUCCUGUUCUGUGCCAACGCCAGUGGGGACAGAUCAAGCCCCUGCUUGUGUACCAUUCAGAGAACCCAUGGGCCUUCAAGAAACACAAGGUGAACAAGGAGCAGUUGAGCGUUUUGUGGCAGUCUAACCCAAAGGCUUGGGUCACACGCCUCUUGUUUGUGAAGUGGGUCAAUGCGGUUUUUGGUCCUGCUGUGAAGAAGUACCUUGUGGACAAUAACCUGCCACUCAAGGCCAUGCUGCUCAUGGACAAUGCUCCUGCCCAUCCUCCAGGCCUCGAGGAAGACUUGCUGGAGGACUUUAAUUUCAUCAAGGUCAUGUUCCUUCCGCCUAACACCACUCCACUACUCCAGCCAAUGGACCAGCAGGUCAUCUAAAAUUUUAAAAAAACUCUACACAAGGGAGCUUUUCCGGCGAUGCUUUGAGAUUACAGAUCGCUCAAGCCUCACCCUCCAUGAAUUUUGGAGAGAGCAUUUUGACAUUGUGAGCUGUCUGCAGAUUAUCACCAUUGCCUGGGCCGGGGUCAGCCAGACAAACCUAAAUUCUGCUUGGCGCAACCUGUGGCCAGACUGCGUUGUGAAACCUGCCUCCAGUGCUUCUGCACCUGCACCAGAGUCAACAGUGUUGAAGGAAAUUGUUUCCUUGGGGAGGACCAUGGUCCUGGAGGUGACUGAGGAGGAUGUCUACGAGCUGGUGGAGGAACACGACCAUGACCUAACCACCGAGGAGCUGGUGGAAUUGCAGAAGGAGGCGAUGUAG